GACGCGUCAGACCCAGAGCAAAACUGGCUCAUCAUGGCAAAAAACGAAACUACGCGAUAAACUGGGAUUAUUAACGGGCUUGACAGUGGAUUUCAUACAUAAUUGUGAAGAAGGCGCUAUUUUCGCUUUGUUGGGACACUCCGUGUAACUUCUGUUGUCUUUGUAAAACGACUACUGAUUUCUGUAACUUAUCGUCUUGUCCAUACGUAAACUGGCUUUUUUUUUUGUUUAUAACAGUUCUUUUGUUCUUGAAGGCUUUUUUUCCUCUAAUUAGACGCUCAUUUUUGCCUAUUUUUGCUUUUAUUUCUACUCAUUGGUUCGGUCGUAUAUUCUCUUGAUUUCCUAUCUUUUCUCAUGGAUCGGUUAUUUGCGGUAACACAGGCAAACGAAGACGUUUUAGCUGUAAGGACUCUCGUGGAUUCGUUUCGUCGGUGGAUGAAAGAUGCAAGCCCGUUGUUGCAACAGUUGCUGGAAAUUGGUUUGCUGUACGGUCUUCUUCGCAAACGGGUGGAAACGAAGACGUCUGUCGGAUGGCUGAUAGUGUUAAGCCUGCUGAGACUGUGCUCACAACGGGCACGUUCGUUACGGAUUCGACGUUCCGGUGAAAUUGUUCAAUCGCUAUACGGUUUGGGAAAACUGUUCCUUUCAUACACGGGUAUACUCCCGUACACAAACGCCCUGGCAAGUUUUUCCAUUACCGGGACGCAGUUUCCGGAUGCGUCCAUGUACCAGGAGCUUGCCAACGGGAAUAUACUACAAACGUAUGCAAUGUCGACUCUGCAACAGAUCGUUGACACCAUACUCGCGACAGGGGUGCCUUCCUUGAUGGUGGAUCGGUAUCGACAAGGCCAAUUGCGUGUACAAGACACAAAAAUAGAGAACAAGGCGGGUCAGUGCGCCUUCUGCAUCCUUCGUUCGUCUCCCAAAACGCAAAUUGUUCACCCGUACCGGGCCAGCUGUGGCCAUCUAUUCUGUUACGCCUGCAUCACAUCCAAACUGUCUAGGACGUCUUCUGUCCCCUGCCCAUUAUGUCCAAAAGAUAUAACAAGUUGUCGACCAGCGUUAGCAGGCUAAAUACGAAUCAGUGUGCACGAAUAAUCACGGUCAACGAGCGGGUAUGCGACUGGCAGGCUACAAAACUACACCGUACAAACAGAACCCCAAGAACAGCAAACAAACUGCACAACCUACAUCGACAGCAGCCGCGAAAUCCACUACACAUCCUACAACCUCACUCAACUCCCCAAAUAAUUCCACAUGUAACCCGAAAAGACUCUCAUUGAAGAGCUGCAGAACAGCAGAGUACCUAAACGAAGCGCCGUCUCUUCGUCACGACGCGAGAAUGCGUGACGUUCAAGCGACCAUGGUUGUCAUUUUAGUACCUACUUUUGAGCCAUUUGCUUCAGCUUUUGCUUGACAAUCUUUUGCUCCUCAAUCAAAAAGGCACGGACAAUGCGGUCCUUGACAGCGUUGGCGCUGAGGCAGCCACCAUAAGCACGUUGAACGGUCUUCUUGGUGCGAGAGAGGCGAGCAAACUCACGAGGACGCAUAGCAGGGAUACCUUGCAAAGGGACACCGGUGUCACCGCAACGAGGGAUCUUGCCUUGCUUCUUGAUGUGCAAGGAGCGGAGGUUGUUGCCAGGAGUCUUAAUGACUCUGGUCUUGUUGCUACGGGUGUUGUAGGCAAGGCGACGGCGGUAGGUAACACGUUGAGCCAUGACGAACUUGUGCGUUUUGGUUUGUUCUGCGCAGGUGAGAGAAGCAGGUUUGUUGAGGAAGAAGCCUUGUGACUGCUUUUUCUAUAAAGGCUGUGUUGCGGUGUGGUAAGACGUAUAACGAGACGCAACGACGAGCAGGGUAGGACGGGCGAAGGAAACUGCGGUUGCCACCACGGUAAAUGGUAUACGGAGAAGAGACGCAGUACUGCGUUAAACCGGUUAACGGAUCAUUCCGCAGAAUACGGGACAGGACCGUAUCGCAAUAUUUCGUACUUGAGUGCACACGCAAUUCGCACUUACCACACCCCUUACGCUUCACUAUAUCAGUUACUUCGUGUCUCCCGUCGCCUUU